UGAAGUGCGAUGGAGAUGCAUUAGUUGGUGUUGUCGGCCUCCGCUCGCAGGUUUAAGCGAGGUUUUGUCCUCGUCUUAUGCAGGUACUUCUAUGCCUUCCAGACUCUCCACCCUCUCCACCGAUCCAUAACUCCACAAUGAGCUUAGCAGCUUCCUUUCCUAGCCUAGAGGUUCAUGCUCAUACAAGAACUAGCCUCUACGUUCAAAGAAAACCUCACAAAAACCGUCACUUUCUCUCUAUUCCCAAUCCUUCCACCGCUUCUUCUCCCUUGACCAUUACUUCCCCCUCAAACCCAAUUCAAUUCCAUCCUUUAUCGGAUUCUGUCCACGAUAAUUUCAUUGACGACCUCGACAAUCCACUCAAUCCAUUCAAUCCCGUCGUGAAUAGAAUUUAUCAAAUCCAGGCCCCCCCGGAGUCGUCAAGCCGGAGAAUAUUUAUUCAGGAGCCACCCUGGAUUUCUUCGCUCUUUUUGAAAGGGCAGAACAAUAUAGCUAGUCGAGAGUUGAAAUUGGAGUUUAAGGAAAUUGAGAAGAGCAAGUAUAAUUUGCUGCGCAGGAGGCAGAUUAAAGCGGAGACUGAAGCAUGGGAGAGGAUGGUGGAGGAGUAUAGAGAACUAGAAAGAGAAAUGCGUGAGAAGAACUUGGCCCCUAAUUUGCCUCACGUGAAGGCACUGUUUUUAGGGUGGUUUGGUCCCCUGAAGGAGGCUAUAGAGAGGGAGCAGAAGUCACAGAUGUCGAAGAAGAAGAAGGCGGCAUAUUCACCGUAUAUUGAUAUGUUGCCUGCAGCUAAAAUGGCCCUUAUUGUUAUGCAUAAAAUGGUGGGUUUACUCAUGCUGGAGCAUGAGGCGGGGUGUGUUCAGCUUGUUCAGGCUGCUGUUCAGAUUGGGAUGGCCAUUGAACAAGAGGUAAGAAUUCAUAAAUUCCUGGAAAAAACUAGAAGUCAGCAGGGUAAGAGGACAAUAGUUAAUGCUGAGGACAGCCUGAACAAUGAUAGAGAAAAACUAAGGAAACGUGUAAAUGUUUUGAUUAGGAGGAAAAGACAUAAAAAAGUGCAGACACUACUGAAAAAGGAAGAAUUUAGUUCAUGGGCUCGUGAUACCCAGGCUAAGCUGGGAUGUCGAUUAAUAGACUUAUUAAUUGAAACAGCAUAUAUACAGUCUCCAGUUACCCAGUCUGCUGAUUUUCCACCUGACAUUCGACCAGCAUUCAAGCACAGGUUUCAAGCUGUAUUGAAGUAUCCCAGGCAAAAGAUUUUGAAGAAUUAUGGCGUUAUAGAAUGUGAUCCCUUAGUCCUUGCUGGGCUUGAUAAAUCUGCUAAACAUAUGUUAAUACCUUACAUGCCAAUGUUGAUACCUCCAAAAAAGUGGAAAGGAUAUGACAAAGGUGGACACUUGUUCUUGCCUUCUUAUAUUAUGCGCACUCAUGGAUCUAGAAAGCAACAAAAUGUAAUGAAGAAUGUCAAAGGGGAACAAAUGCAAAAAGUUUUUGAGGCUUUGGAUGUGCUUGGAAAUACCAAAUGGCGAAUAAAUAGAAGAUUGCUUGGUGUUGUUGAGACAAUCUGGGGUGGAGGAGGUAACAUUGCAGGCCUGGUUGAUCGUCAAGAUGUUCCCAUACCAGAAAAGCCAUUCAUUGAGGAAUUAAAGCUAAUUCAGGAGUGGAAAUGGAGGGUGAGGAAGGCAAAGAAAAUUAAUCUAGAGAGGCAUGCUCAAAGAUGUGACACUGAGCUUAAGCUUUCGGUGGCCCGAAAAAUGAAAGAUGAGGAAGGUUUUUACUAUCCCCACAAUCUUGACUUCCGUGGCAGAGCAUAUCCAAUGCAUCCUCAUUUGAAUCAUUUAAGUUCUGAUCUGUGCCGAGGACUGCUUGAGUUUGCUGAAGGACGGCCAUUGGGGAAGUCCGGACUAAAGUGGCUGAAGAUACAUUUGGCGAAUUUGUAUGCAGGUGGUGUUGAAAAGCUGUCUUAUGAUGGACGUCUAGAAUUUGUGGAGAACCAUCUUCAUGAUGUGUUUGACUCUGCCGAUAACCCAAUUAAUGGUAAGCGAUGGUGGUUAAUGGCUGAAGAUCCUUUCCAAUGCCUUGCUGCUUGUUUCAAUCUGUCAGAAGCCUUAAGAAACUCAUCACCACAUGCUGUUGUCUCACAUCUGCCAAUUCAUCAGGAUGGUUCCUGUAAUGGCUUACAGCACUAUGCUGCCUUGGGAAGAGAUUGUUUGGAGGCUGCUGCAGUUAACUUGGUUGCUAGAGAGAAGCCGGCUGAUGUUUACUCAGAGAUUGCUGUUAGGGUUCAUGAUAUUAUGAUAAAGGACAGCAAAGAAGAUCCUACUACAAAUCCAAAAGCUUUAUUAGCAAAGGUUUUAAUUGACAAGGUUGAUAGGAAACUAGUCAAACAGACAGUUAUGACUUCUGUCUAUGGUGUUACUUUUGUCGGGGCAAGAGAGCAAAUAAAAAGAAGAUUGUUGGAGAAAGGCCUCACAACUGAUGACAAACUUAUAUUUGAUGCAGCUUGCUAUGCUGCGAAAGUGACCUUGGACGCGCUUGGGGAAAUUUUUGAAGCUGCGCGUGGCAUUAUGAAUUGGCUUGGUGAUUGUGCAAAGGUGAUUGCCUCUGACAAUCAGGCUGUUCGGUGGACCACUCCUCUUGGUCUUCCCGUUGUACAACCAUACUGUAAAACUGAACGUCAUCUGGUCAGAACAUCUCUUCAGGUUUUGGCUUUGCGGAGGGAGGGUGAUGCAGUUCAUGUCAGAAAACAGAGAACUGCAUUUCCUCCUAAUUUUAUACAUUCGCUAGAUGGUUCACACAUGAUGAUGACUGCUCUUGCCUGCAGGGAUGCUGGCUUGCGUUUUGCAGGGGUUCAUGACUCAUUCUGGACACAUGCAUGUGAUGUGGAGAAAAUGAAUCAGAUUCUUAGAGAAGAAUUUGUGGGGCUUUAUAGGUCGCCCAUACUUGAAAAUUUGCUGGAAGACUUUCAGAAAUCAUACCCAGGAUUGACGUUCCCUGGACUGCCAGAGAGAGGUGAUUUUGACUUGCGGAAGGUUCUUGAGUCACCAUACUUUUUCAACUGAGCAUUUCUCCACCACAAUCAUGAGUUUCCACAUCAACAUUCUUACCUUCCAUUACAACCUGUCUCGGAAGCUUUGGUGGGAACAGUGACCCAUGGUGCCUCCAAGAAAUGCCAAGGAAAGAAAACAGACCCCAAGGGUAUUUUCCAGAACUCUUAUGUUGCUAGAAUGCUCAGAACAGUACUAUGAUCUUCUAGGUGCUGAUUCAGGUGGAUAUAAAGCUUCAUUGCCUGUUACACCAUGUAGAGAAUGGAUUCCCAGUAAGAUUUUUUUGUUUGCAAUUUUGUUCACCGGCUCUGCUGCUUAAUGGACAGUGGCAUUUUCCAUGUGAGACAUUCCUAGAGAUAGACUCUGUGUAUAAAAAUAAGAACAAAUCAAUCAGAUAUAGGAUAUUUGAACAUGUCAGAAGUAGGCUUUACUGAAAAGUGAAUUUAGUAGGUUCAUGUGUAUAUUCUUAACUAGUGAGUUUUGCUUCUCUGUUGUAAACUUUAGUCUAAUAUCUUUCUCUACUAGAUAUGUGCCAGCAGCCUGACAAUGCAAAUUCAAAGCAUUAUUCUGUUUAUGUGUA